UUAGGAUACGGGAUGCCAAGUCUAAAAUCUUAAAUGGAUUCUAGUUCUGGAUGUGAGGCCUCGGCAAAGAAAGAUUCCGCAUGGAAGUAUGCACAUUUGGAGGAUCAGAAAAAUAGAAAUAAUUUGACUUGCAAUUUUUGUGGUAAAGUCACAAGGGGAGGAAUAUUUCGGGAAAAACAACACAUUGUCGGAGGAUUUUGAAAUGUGAAAGAAUGCUCUAAGUGCCCUACUCAUGUACGUGAGGAGAUUAAAGAGUAUAUGUUGAAGAAAGAUAUGGAAAAGGAGGAAAAUGAGUUAUUGCCCAACUUUGAUGAUAUAGAUCAUUACGGUGAAGAUGAAGAAGAUGAAGUUCAACAAAUUGACAUUCGUGGCAAGAGAGUGCUUACUGGUGAUGAAAGUAAAAGAUCAUACCAAUCCAACUUAAAGAAACCAAAACAGAAGGGGCCUAUAGACUUGUUUUUUACUCCUAAACCAAAGAAAGUGGUUCAAGCUAGGAAAGAAGGGAAGAUGAAGCAAACAUCAAUAAAUGAGGCGUGCAAGAAAGAACUAAGAAAAAAGGCAAUGGGAGAUUUUGCUAGGUGGAUGUAUGAUGCUGGAAUACCAUUUAAUGCUGUACGUCUGAGCAGCUUUGCAGUGGCACUUGAAUCGAUUGGACAAUAUGGUCCUGGAAUAAAACCACUUAGCUAUCAUGAAGUGAGAGUUCCUUAUCUAAAGGAGGAAGUUAGUCGAAUGAAAGAGUUGUUGAAGGUCCAUAAGGAGGAAUGGGCAAAAUAUGGCUGCUCAAUUAUGUCUGAUGGUUGGAGAGAUUCGGUUGCUAAUAAGGACAUAAUAAACUUCUUAAUGAACUCUCCAAGGGGAUCAGUAUUCAUCAAGUCUAUUGUUGCUUCUAAUCUUGUCAAGAAUGCAGAUAGAAUGUACAGAUUACUUGAUGAGAUGGUAGAGGAAAUUGGAGAAUCAAAUGUGAUUCAAGUGGUCACUGACAAUGCGUCAAACUAUGUUGCAGCAGGGAGAUUGUUGGAAGCAAAGAGGCCAUAUUUAUAUUGGACACCGUGUGCUGCUCAUUGCAUUGAUUUAAUUUUGGAGGAUAUUGGGAAGAUGCCUUCAAUUUAUGCAACUUUGAAAAGGGCAAUUUUUUUGAAUGGCUAUAUCUAUAACCGUGUUGGCAUUGUGAACUUGAUGAGACAGUUCACUGGAGGAAAGGAGUUACUAAGACCUGCAGUUACAAGAUUUGCAACUGCCUUCAUCACCCUUCGUUCAAUCCACCUUCAAAAGAACAACUCGAGGAAGAUGUUUACCUCUGAAGAUUGGAAUACUACUAAAUGGGCAAAGGAGGCAGCUGGCAAAAGAGUAGCUACUAUUGUUUUGAUGCCUACUUUUUGGAGUACCAUUGUCUAUGCUCUUAAGUUAACAGGUCCACUUGUUCGUGUACUCCGUUUGGUUGAUGGGGAAAAGAAACUUGCAAUGGGAUACAUUUAUGAAGCAAUGGAUAGGGCUAAGGAAGCCAUAGCUAAGACUUUUGGUGAGAGGGAUAAAUUCAAGGAGGCAUUUGAAAUUAUUGAUACGAGGUGGGGAUGGCAAAUCCAUCAACCGUUGCAUGCAGCUGCACACUACUUGAAUCCAACUCCAUCAACCGUUGCAUGCAGGUGCACACUACUUGAAUCCGGAAUUUUUCUAUUCAAACCCCAACAUUUUGCAAGAUGAAGAAAUUAUGACGGGUUUGUACAAAUGUAUUGCAAGGUUACUGCCAACUAUUGAAAUGCAAGAUAAAGUUUCAAAUGAGUUGGAAAAAUACAAUGCCGCUAGUGGCGUCUUUGGAAUUAGUUUGGCAGUGAGACAAAGGAAGACAAAAGCACCAGCGCAAUGGUGGAUGGCAUAUGGAUCAACAACUCCAAACUUGCAAAAGUUUUCUGUGAAAAUUCUUAGCCUCACGUGUAGUGCUACUGGCUGCGAAAGAAAUUGGAGCAUAUUCCAACAUCUUCAUAGCAAAAGGAGAAAUAGGCUAUCCCAGCAACACUUGAAUGAUUUGGUAUUUGUGAAAUAUAAUCGAACUCUGAGGCGUCGAUACGACAAACGUGACAUCAUUGAUCCCAUCCUCUUAAAGGACAUUGAUGAUAGUAAUGAGUGGUUGAUUGGUAGGAUGGAUGGCGAUUCUGAUGAGGAUGAUGAACUUGUGUUUGAAGAUGAUAAUUUGAAUUGGGAUUCUGUUGCUAGAGCUGCUAGACUAAAUAACCCCCCGCAUCACACUAGAUCAAGAAUAAGUACAAAUAUGCCAUCAUCGUCUAGAGGAAGAGGAAAAGCUUCAUCUAGUAGUGCAACCAGUGCUAGGGGUCGGACCACAAUGUUGGAACUUGUAGAUGAGGAUGGAAUCCAAGUGGAUAGUGCAGAGGAGACGGAAGAGGAAAAAGAUGUUGGAGAAAACAAUUCUGAUGAUGAAAAGGAAGAUGAUGAUAUCUUUGCCGACUUAGUUGAUGAUGAGUGAUGAGUGAUGAUUGAGGAGGAUUUUUAGAUUUUAUACUUUGAAAUCUUUUAUUGUACUCUUUUCUUUUGAUGUUGAACUAUGUUGAGUUGUUGAUGCUUUUGGGCUUCGUCUUGGCAAUUUUAUUAAAUUUCCAAUUUUGUUAUUGAA